UUAGAUUUAAAAUCAUCAAUAAUGAAAAAUAAUGAAAUUCAAUGUGUUAUAGUUGCAUUAGACAACCAACUUUGUUCUGCAUUUAAUGUGAUUAAAAGUGAGUGAACUUAUUAAGGCUUACUUGUUGAUCAAGAUUUGGUAUGCUUCACAGAUAUAUCUUAUCAUGUAUGGAAUUUCACAAACAAAUACUUUUCAUCUAAAGUGAACAUAUGUUGUUGUACUGUGGAACACAUGCUUUCAUUGGCAAAUGAUGAGUUCAAUAGUGUUGAAGGAAUAAUCUUUGUGUUAAAUGCUUCCCAGCUAAACCAAAUUGAGAAACUUAAAGAGUUAUUUUCUUGGCUUCGGGUUGAACCAGAAAUAAAUCUUGUUUUUGAAAAUGCAAAAACAAUUGAAGAUGAUUUGGAGCAAUCAAACUUUGUAAAUUGGUGUACUGAGAAUCAACUAGAAUUAGUUUUAUCACAAGAUAUAAUUGCUGACCACACUUAUGAUGACCAUACUUAUGAUAAUGAUUUUAAAGAAAAAUUUGGUAUAGAUCGUAUAGUUGAAGCACUUAGUUCACAUGUUUGGAAGAAUCAUGUUAUUUAUUCAAAGCAAAGUGAAGAUCAGAAGUUGCUUACACAAAAUAUAUUAGAAGACAUUCCAGAUGGAGAUUCAUUUGAAGAAAUGUUUAGCAAGUUUAGAGAAAUGAAAGAGGCUGCAAAGGUAUUAAAAGGAAACGAAAGGAAAGAUUUAGCUGAAAAAGUUGCGAUAGCGUUUAUGGAAGCAUUUGAUUUAGAAGAGUCUGAUGAAAAUUAAAGUUUUUAUUCAAGAACUGAAAUUUUUAUUACUUAAUUUUUUAAAACUUUUUAACUAUUUA